AUGAGUUACUUUGAAGAGGAGGAAGACGAUGGAAAGCCAAUUACUAAAAAAGCAAUCCGCGAAUCACUCAAAAAGAAUAGUGGUUAUGUCAGUUCACCUGAACUCAAUGACGUUCUUUAUUUACAUUAUCGAUCUUUCACACGCAUAAAAAAUUUAGAUCCUUUCAUUAAUUUAAAGGCUCUUUGGCUCAAUAACAAUGCCAUUUCUGUUAUUGAAGGCUUAUCAAAUCUAAAAAAUUUGGCAUGUUUAUAUCUUCAAAACAAUAUCAUCGAAGAACUUAGCGGCUUAGAAGGUCUUUAUUCUCUUAAAACACUAGUUGUUUCAAAUAAUUUCAUUUCAAACAUUUCAGGCCUUUCUGGCUGUCCAAAUUUAACUACUCUUGAAAUUGAUCAUAACAGACUAAAGCAACCAGAGUCAUUAUCUGGCCUUGCAGAUGUUCCCGAGUUAACAGUACUAAACAUGACAGAUAAUGGAAUGGAAGAUGAAAAGUUUUCUGAAUACCUGCAAAAGCUUCCCAAACUUCGAGUUUUAAGAAAUACAGGAAAUCCAGUCACAAGAAACAUGGACAAUUACCGCCGUAAGCUCAUUUCUAUGAAUAAAGAGCUUAGGUUCCUUGAUGACUCACCAAUUGAGCUUGAUGAACGCCGUUUAGUUAAUGCAUGGGUUCAAGGCGGUCCACAAGCAGAAAAGUCCAUGCGGGAGCAGAUCAAACAAGAGAAACUUCAACAACAAGAUCAAAACCGAAUCAAGUUCCGAAACAUGCAGCGAAAAGCAGUCAUCGAAGCGGGCCAGUCUCUUAAAGAUCAUCCAGAACUGUGGUCUUCAGACGAAGAUGCAUCAGAAAGCUCAUCAGGUGGCAACCUUUUUACCAUGAGCUCAGAUGAGCGUUUCUUUGUUACAACUGGUGCAAAUGACGAGACAAAAGACGAGAGUGUACCUUCAAGCCCUCUAAAAUUUGAAGAAGACAACAAAGGAACAGAAACAUCUAAAAUCACGAUUGUUUCUGAAGAAAAAUUUGACGAAAAUGUAUCCGAUAAGUUCAACGUUGAUGAACUUGAUUAG